GGUCAAGAAAACGACCUUCGAUCAAACUGUUUCUGAGGAGAGAAAAAGAUUUGAUAAUCGCAAAAGCGCGCACAUUCCUGAUGAUGUUGACAGUUCCAAUACCGGGAAUAUCAGAUUUGUCUCUAACGGGGAAGACCCCAAGGAAAAUGUCGGGGGUAAAAUAUCAAAAAUAAAUAAUGGGGAAAAUACCGAAUUGAUAAACAGACACUUUAAGAAGGCUUUGCCGGGUGUAGGUAAGAUAAUGGGUAUAAAAGACAAAACUAAGAGUCUCGAUGCUGUGAGCGAAGACAGCAGUGGGGGG